AUGCGUCACCCAGCAGUAAAUACUCGCCGUCGUCGUUCCUCGUCAUGUAGUAAAAGUGAAAACAAUGCUGCGAUCGGUCCACUAACCUUUUAUCAGUUGAAAUUGCUUUGUUCGGCUCAAUCUCAGAGUAGGUUAGUCGACAAAAGUGCGAAAUCAGUGCUCGUGUGUGCCAUCAUCGACAAUGGCAACGACCAUGAACCUUCUGGAGCUGGUGACCGGCCUCCACGGCGCCCUUUUCGACGGCGUCGCCCCCGGAUGGCUCUUCUCCAUGGACUACAUGCCCUGGCUGUGGGCCAUGAUCGGCUCGGUCCUCGUGGGGCUCAGCGGGGUGCUGCCCCUUCUGGUCAUACCCAUCGACCAGACGGACAACCUCAAACAUGGAGAUAGUGCGAAUAAACUGAAGACUUUGCUGAGUUUCGCCGUCGGAGGCCUCCUCGGCGACGUCUUCCUCCACUCGCUCCCGGAAAUAUGGGCGAACGACGCGGCCAGAAACGGAGGUCACCCGACCACCACCACCGGCCUUCUCAUCCUCACCGGCUUAAUAGUAUUCGUAGUCACCGAGAAGCUCUUCACUGUGAUAGAAAAACUGGGCGAGCGCCAUCUGGCGCCCCCAGAGAACAACAAUGUCAAAGGAUACAAACAUAUCCCCGAACCUAAGAAGCAUAUAACCGGGUAUUUGAACCUGCUGGCCAACACAAUCGACAACUUCACUCACGGCUUGUCCCUCGGGGGGGCGUUCCUCGUGUCGCUCCGUUUGGGUCUCUUGACCACUUUCGCCAUCCUCGUCCACGAGAUCCCGCACGAAGUCGGGGACUUCGCCAUUUUGCUCAAAUCGGGCUUCACGCGAUGGGACGCCGCCUUCUACCAGAUCCUGACCGCCGGGGGCGGCUUAGUCGGCUCGUUCGCCGCCAUCAUGUGCAGCGGGGCCUCCAAUUCGAUCGAGGCCCGCACCUCGUGGAUUAUGCCCUUCACGGCCGGGACGUUCCUCCACAUCGCGCUGGUGACGGUCCUCCCGGACUUACUCAAGGAGGAGGACCCCCGGGAGUCGCUCAAGCAGAUUCUCGCCCUCAUCGCGGGGAUUAGUGUCAUGGCCGUCGUGACGACUUUAGUUGAGUGAUAAGUGAUAAGAAUUCAGUUGCCAUAUUGUUGAUAGUUUUUUUGCAUAUUUACAGUAUUAGUUUGUAAUUCUUUUUGUUUUGAUUAGGUAGAAAACAUAUUUUUCCAGUUGCUAGCAAUCGUCUGGUGAUUGUCAGACCGGAACUAUUUUUGUGAUAUUAACAUUUUUUCAACACAAUAUAUUUUAUUAUGUAGUACUUAAAGUGCUCUUAUAUAUUUUAUAUCAAAAUAAAACAUGACUACGAUGAUAUAUUGUAAAUAAAGAGCAAGAAAUGAC